GUGGCUAAUUCUAGCGUUUUACUCUCAACGCCGAGUUCUCCACGGCUAGCCGCUCGUUUCAAAGCUGAAAUUAAUCCGGGGCAACGGGAUAGCGUUUCUGGCAAAUCGCCAUGCUUCUCUUUUAUCGAACAGGAAAAAGAAGAAGAUAAACCGGAGACUAUACUACAAAUGCGAGAAAAUGACAAGUGGAGAAAAGCUUCGCUCGCAGUUGCUCUAGCCAGUUUAAUCACCUCGCUGCUUUUUAGUGCGGCUUUGUUCACUGCUUCAGUGAAGAUAAGCAGCUCGGCCGUUCUUGCCACAGCUCUUGACACUUUCUUCGAAGUUUUCACUGCUUUAAUCAUCCCUUGGAGAUUCUGGAACAAUUCAAAAAGAAAAAAUGCAAAGAAAAGGGAAAGACAAGGAUCGAUCGCUUUUGGAAUAGCCUUUGUCGUAAAAGCCUUGAUUAUCAUCACCUUUUCUUAUGUUAAUUUAGAAAACAAAAGCAGCCCAAGACAUUCUGAAGUUAUGUGGGCCACACUCUUAGUUUUCUGCUUCAGUUACUGUGUACUUGGUGCGACUGAGUUAUGGAUAGCUUCAAAAAUCAGAAGCUCAGUUCUUGUUACCCUGUGCAUCGGUGACGUACUCACGGGUGGUCUGAUGUUCGUCGUUGCGUUGGAUCAGGCUAUCGUAGAUCACUUUCCAUCGCUAUGGUAUUUGGACAAUGCCUUAGCCAUGGGAAUCUCUUUUGUCAUUUUAUCAUGUGGUAUCAAGAUUCUCAUUGAUAUCUUCGUUUUCAACAAACUGCCAUUUCAGAUAUUCAACUAA